UUGUGUUAUUUUUACGGAUAUUGUUUUAGUUUUUCGUGUUGUUUUUUUUUUUUCCUGGACAUUUUACGCGUGCGUAAAAGUGUGUUAAAAUGAAGUUUAACGGUUAUCUGAAGCUCCGGAUCGGAGAGGCGCUCGACCUCAAGCCGACAACCUUCUCCCUGCGCCACUCUGUCAUCUUCAGCAAGUCUCCUCCAGCUCUGGACCCCUACAUUAUUGUGAAAGUGGACGACUGCAAAAUCGGACAAACUCACACCAAACAGAAAACCAACACUCCCACUUAUAACGAGGAGUUCUGCCUCAACGUGAACGACGGUAAGCAGAUAGAGCUGGCGGUUUUCCACGACACUCCAAUAGGAUAUGAUGACUUUGUGGCCAACUGCACCAUCCAGUUCGAGGACCUGAUCGAAACCUCCAACACAGGAGAAACCUUUGAAGGCUGGAUGGAUUUGGAGCCAGAGGGCAAGGUCUAUGUCCUUAUUACACUCACAGGAUCUUUCACUGAUGAUGAUGCCGUAUUGCAAGAGAAGACCUACAAGCAGUUUACAAGACUGCGGCAGGGGGCGGUGAGACGGAGGAUCCACCAGGUCAACGGACACAAGUUCAUGUCCACGUUCCUGCGUCAGCCCACCUUCUGUUUUCACUGCAGGGAAUUCAUCUGGGGUGUGUUUGGGAAGCAGGGUUACCAGUGUCAAGUGUGUACCUGUGUAGUUCAUAAACGAUGCCACCAGCAUGUUGUUACAGUUUGUCCUCGGAUGAAGAAGUCAAUAAAAGAGCAGCCCAAAAUUCAAGGCUUCAGCAUCAACGUCCCUCAUAAGUUCAACAUCCACAACUACAAGUCGCCAACCUUCUGUGACCACUGCGGCUCGCUGCUGUGGGGACUCGUCAGACAGGGGCUGCACUGUAAAAUAUGCAAAAUGAAUGUUCACAUCCGCUGCAAAGGCAACGUUGCACCAAACUGCGGGGUCAACAGCGUGGAACUGGCCAAUAAGCUUGCAGAGAUGGGUCUGCAGGCAGGAGGACUUUCUAAACGAAACACGCUGGGAAAGAGCUCAGAGCAGAGGAGGGUGCCCUCGGAGAGCAGUGAGAGUACGAGUGCAGAAACUGAGCAGCAGGCCCCCCGGCUGGGAAUUUCAGACUUCACAUUCCUUCAAGUGCUCGGCAAGGGGAGCUUUGGCAAGGUGAUGCUGGCCAGACUAAAUGGCAAAGACCGUGUUUUUGCUGUGAAGGUUUUGAAGAAGGACAUAAUAUUGCAGGAUGACGAUGUCGAGUGUACCAUGACAGAAAAACGGGUGCUGUCCUUGGCCCGCUGUCAUCCCUACCUCACACAACUCUACUGCUGCUUCCAGACCCCGGACCGUCUCUUCUUUGUGAUGGAGUUCGUUAAUGGUGGCGAUCUCAUGUUCCACAUCCAGAAGUCCAGGAAGUUCGACGAGGGCAGAGCGCGUUUCUACACAGCAGAGAUCACUUCUGCUCUCAUGUUCCUGCACAGCAAAGGCAUCAUCUACAGGGACCUGAAGCUGGACAAUGUUCUUCUCGACAAAGAUGGUCACUGUAAGCUGGCGGAUUUUGGCAUGUGCAAGGAGGGCAUCCUUGAAGGUGCAGCUACUGGAACUUUCUGUGGGACCCCAGAUUACAUUGCUCCUGAGAUCCUGCAGGAGAUGCUGUACGGCCCCUCUGUGGAUUGGUGGGCCCUCGGGGUGCUGCUGUAUGAAAUGCUGUCGGGACACGCCCCCUUCGAGGCAGAAAAUGAAGACGACCUCUUUGAAGCCAUCCUCAAUGAAGAGAUAGUUUAUGCGUCUUGGCUCAGUACAGAGUCAGUCGACAUACUCAAAGCUUUCCUGACCAAAAACCCAGCGCGGCGUCUUGGCUGCGUGGCGACGGAGGGUGGGGAGAGCGCUGUAACCGCCCACGCCUUCUUCAUCAGUAUUGAUUGGGAGAAAUUAAAUCGUAGAGAAAUAGAGCCACCUUUUAAGCCACGGAUUAAAACACCAGAGGAUGUCAACAACUUUGACCCAGAUUUUACUCAGGAAGAGCCUACACUCACACCCAUUGACGACCCUGUGAUCCCUUCCAUCAACCAGGAGGAGUUUAGAAACUUUUCCUUCACUUCAACUGAACUGCUUGAAAUAUAAGAAGCACAGAAAUCUUCUAUUUGUGCCAAUCUUUUCAGUAUGUUUGGUCUCAUCUAAGACAUUUUGCUGCCGUUUGUAUAGGACACUCAAGUUCUCUAGAAAUUUGAGUGUGCUAAAAACUGAAGUCAAACACAGCUUGAGAAGAAACGAGGCCUCUGACCAAACUCUUAUGCACUCCUACAAGACCAACUUUUAAAAUAUACUCUGUUUCAACUGUCAUGUUCAUGCAGGAUCUGCAGGAUGUAUUUGAUAUGCUGUUGUGUUUCAAUGACUUUUCCUCCUUUUUAUAAAAAAUGAAAAAGCGCUUUUCUGAGCAUUAUUUUGUGGCCUGCGUUUCAGUUUUUGCUCCUAGCUGCACUGCACAGACAUGCAAAGAGCUCUAACAUUUAGUUUUAAACAAACCAGCCAAAGAUUCCCAGAAAAGUCAAUGUGUUAAAUCCAGGAAAGACUGAGUGAGCAGAUGGAAUACUUUCUCAAUGAUGUGACCCUGUUCUGGAAAAUUACAAAUGCACACAGGCUGAAACACACUGGCUGUGUGACAGUUUUGUGUGCCCACUUUCAAAAUAAAGGACUA